AUUCCGUGGUCUGUUGGGAGUCGUAGUUUUGGUCCGUAGUUUCUCCUCCCGCCCCGGACAGCACACCGCCCUUUCCGGAUUAAGGUCCAGGAAAUGUACGCCACGGGCGGGCGGCGCUACUGGCCUGCAGUGUUGACAAGUCGCUUAGCAACCGGGAGGCUUACCUUUGGGAGCUAGCAGCUUUAGUGACUGUCGGGCCCUCCUCCCACUCCUCCCUUCCCUAAACUCCCUUCACCUAGGAGCUGCCAAACAUCUGGAUCAACCUGGGCACUACGAGGGGUUGAAUUUCUACCAGUAAGGCGCCUUUUUAGAUUUUUUUUUUUCCGACCUCUUGCUCACAUCCAAAAAGCCCACUGAAUUCUUUUACUACACUUUUUAUGAGAACAAGGCAUUUUCUAGGAAGAUGGUGGCAGAAAAAGAGACCCUCAGUUUAAACAAAUGCCCAGACAAGAUGCCGAAGAGGACCAAGCUGCUGGCACAACAGCCGCUCCCGGUGCACCAGCCUCACUCCUUGGUUUCUGAGGGCUUCACAGUCAAAGCCAUGAUGAAAAAUUCAGUCGUGCGAGGGCCUCCAUCUGCAGGAGCUUUUAAAGAAAGACCAACCAAGCCUACAGCAUUUCGAAAAUUUUAUGAGCGAGGAGACUUCCCAAUUGCCCUUGAGCAUGAUUCCAAAGGAAACAAAAUAGCCUGGAAGGUAGAAAUUGAGAAGCUGGAUUACCAUCAUUAUCUGCCUCUGUUUUUUGAUGGGCUUUGUGAAAUGACAUUUCCCUAUGAGUUUUUUGCUCGGCAAGGAAUCCAUGACAUGCUGGAACACGGGGGGAACAAGAUUCUACCUGUCAUUCCACAGCUCAUUAUCCCGAUAAAAAAUGCCUUAAACCUCCGAAAUCGACAAGUCAUCUGUGUGACACUCAAAGUCCUCCAGCAUCUGGUUGUGUCGGCAGAGAUGGUGGGUGAAGCUUUAGUGCCCUACUAUCGUCAGAUCCUCCCCAUCCUGAACAUCUUCAAGAAUAUGAAUG